GUCACUCAAAAGUGGACGGGGUUGCUAUGGGCUUCGGUUUAUGAGGGCAGAGAGAUUUGAUUUCUACUGGGCCACCUUUAGUUCUAGAAAUAGAGAGUGAAGCUCGCUCAUAUUGAACAUACACGUUUCUACUUAAAUUCCAGCAACUCGCGUGCAGCCAUGGCCCCGAAAAGAGCCGCAAGAGCCCACAUCAAGAAAGAGAUGAAACAGCAGCUAGCCAGUAAGAACGGCAAGGCGGCAGAGACUGCUGGCGGCAGCUCCUUCUUCACCUGGUUCAUGGUGCUGGCGCUGCUGGGAGUCUGGACCUCCGUAGCCGUCGUCUACUUCGACCUGGUCGACUACCAGGGCGUCCUCGCCAAAGCUAAGGACUUGCGUAUUAACCUCUCAGAAGCUAUACAAGGUAAACUUGUUUCCUACGAUACGGACGGAGAUGGUGACUUCGAUGUGGAGGACGCUAAAGUUCUGCUAGGACUGAAAGAGAAGGCCACCGUCGUCAUCACCAAGGACCCCAACCUCGUGGAGGCCCCUGCUGCACCUGUCGAAGAAGCUGCUCCUGAGCCUGUUGUUGAGGAAGUGAUUGAGGCGACCGAGGCAGAGGAGGCAGCCCAGCCCCCACCAGAGCCUGAACCAGAACCCGAGCCUGAGGUCGAGGUUGAAGUGGUGGCCGAGGAGGAGGAGGAAGAGGCUCCUGAGGUGAUCGAGGAAGACCCUGAGAUCCUGGAGGAGGAGCCUGAGGUCAUGGAGGAGGAGCCUGAGGUGCUGGAGGAGGAGCCUGAGAUCCUGGAGGAGGAGCCUGAGCCUGAGGAGGAGGAAGCAGCUCCAGUGGAGGAGGAAGUGGUUGAGGAGGCUGAAGAAGAAGAGGCUGCCCCUGUCGAGGAGGAGACUGUUGAGGAAGCUGCACCUGUCGAGGAGGAAGUGAUCGAAGAAGAGGCUGCCCCCAUUGAGGAAGAGGCAGUAGAAGAAGAGGCAGCUCCAGUGGAAGAGGAAGUGGUUGAGGAGGCAGCAGCUAUAGAAGAAGAGGAUGCUCCAGUGGAGGAGGAAGUAAUUGAGGAGGCUGCUCUCGUUGAGGAAGAGGCAGUAGAAGAAGAGGCAGCUCCAGUGGAGGAGGAAGUUGUUGAGGAGGCUGCACCUAUAGAAGAAGAGGCAGCUCCAGUGGAGGAGGUAGUUGUUGAGGAGGCUGCACCUGUAGAAGAAGAGGCAGCUCCAGUGGAGGAAGAAGUGGUCGAGGAGGCAGCAGCUGUAGAAGAAGAGGCCGUAGAGGAAGAGGCAGCUCCAGUGGAGGAAGAAGUGGUCGAGGAGGCAGCACCUGUAGAAGAAGAGGCCGUAGAAGAAGAGGCAGCUCCAGUGGAGGAGGAAGUGGUCGAGGAGGCAGCACCUGUAGAAGAAGAGGCCGUAGAAGAAGAGGCAGCUCCAGUGGAGGAGGAAGUUGAGGAGGCAGCAGCUGUAGAAGAAGAGGCCGUAGAAGAAGAGGAAGCUCCAGUGGAGGAGGAAGUGGUUGAGGAAGCCACACCAGAGGUUGAAGAAGAGGCAGUAGCAGAAGAAGAGGAAGAGACACAGGAAGUAGCGGAAGAGGCAGAGGAGUCACAACAGGAAGCAGAAGAGGCAGUAGCAGAUGAGCCAGUGGAGGAGCAGACAGAAACGUAAAUUCUGUGUUCUAGUCAAGGAGCAAGAACCAGCCCACAUCGCACCCCACUGAGCGUGUGCAGAACACGCCCCACCCCACCACCAGAAAACGACAAGAGUCAUCGUGACUUUUGGCGAUUUCUCCAUUUUUUCUAGACUCACACACUAAAAAAAUAACUUAACAUUUCUGUCAGCAUAAAAAAAACAUUUUUUGGACUGGUUUGUUGGAAACAUUUUUCCCCCUCAUAUUCUUUCAUUUUUUAUUUUUAGUUUAAUACUUAGAUUUCCUUUCCUUUUGGUAAAAAGAAAACCCACAGCAACAACAAUUCCCAUUUUUCCUUUUCAUGGCAAAUCCAGGUUUUUUUUCUCUUCUUCUUGAGGAUGUAGGAGGGCGGCGUUUUGCCAACUAGAAUGUAGAUUGUUGUUUUCCAUUCCUGUGUAAAACUAGCAGAGGUACAUGUCGCUUUGCUAGGCCACCGUCUUCACGCGUCCACAAAGGGCCUCAUCGGCGUGUGUCACCCCAAUGAUGACCGCUACUCAGAGCCCAAAAUGGCCGCCUGUUGUCGUUUCGAUGUGAAGCUACUAUGCAAAGCUGCACUGAUCUUUCAGCGGCUGUGUAAUUCUAGGUUUUGUGUUACCAGUAUGUAUUGAGUCGACACCUCACCGUGUUGCAUGUCCGGAGCGCGAGGCAGACAAAACUGUGUCUGUUUGUGUGAGUGUGUAGAAGCGUGCUCUUUUUUUGGGCUGAUGCUUGCGGAUGCGCGUGGGCUCGUGCAUGCUUGCAUCCCUGUGUGUGUGUGUGUGUGUGGACAUCUCUGUGCAACACAAUCCCCGUUUGAGCCGUAGUUGACAUUGUGCUGUUGUUAAGACUCUUCCUCAUUUUGUAGAUUGUCUUUGUUCCAACUCAUAGUACCUCUUUUUCUCCGACAGUAGCUGACCAUAUCUCAGUCUCUCUCUCCGCAUUCCUCCUACCUUACCCCAACCUUUUCUUUGACCCGGCCUCUCUCUCUCUUUCUCUCUGUGUGACCCUACCUCCCUAUAUAUAUAUACCUCUUUCUCUCUAACCCUGCCUCUCCCUCUCUCUAACUCUGCCUCUCUCUAACCCUACCUCUGUAGGAUUAUGUUGUUUGUAUUUUUGGGGAUCAACGGGGAACACAUCUAAUUUCAUUCCCAUUAAAUCGAGUUGAGCUCAAGCCAAGCUUGUUGCCCAUUCAGAUGUUAUAUUGUUUGUUUUUAUUUUAUUUUUUUCGUUGUAGUUUUUUUCUUUCUGCUUUUUUGACUGUGUUAGGGUCAAGAGAGAAAUCUCGGACUGAUGUCGGCUUGUAAGCCUAACCUCUGGGACCUUGUCAGAUACUGUACCAGCUUUUUUACCUGAGGACCGAAAAGUUGGUUACUGUUAGUUAAUCUUUAAUAUGGUUCUGUUUGACACGGAUCUGGGCUCUUAGAGGUCUAAGUUAGACCAAGCCGAACGUGACUUCAACUAAUCUGUCCUCAGAUAACUCAGCCAUUUCUGACUGCAUUAUUCUUGUGUGUGUGUGUUUGUGUUUUAUAUGUUCCUCUGCAUUAUAUGCUACCCUGGUUACACACACACACACACACACACACACACACCUGGUCCACUGGGAAACAGAGGAGAAUUAUUUUCAAUUGUAAGAAUGAAAUAACUGAAGAGCUGUGUCCGUCGCCGCCUGUGAACCUUGGUUUCUACGUCUUGUAGAAAUGUACAGCUCCACUUCCACAUACUCUAAGCCCAGCAGGAAGCGGCCCCUCCCCUACAGGAACACAGGCUCACAACGUCCUGUCGGGCACGACCAGGUCCAUGUUGUCCUUCUGCAUGUGUCAAGUGCAGCCUGCCCCCCUCCCCUUGCCCCCCCUCAUUCCAGCAAGGCCCCCCCCCCCUCCCCCCAUAUCACCAAUCAAGCAUCUCACCUGAGGGCUAAUAGGUGAUCUAGAUGGUAACAAGAGUUCAAAAAUGCUCACUAACUCCACAUCCCUCUAGUGUUUUUAAUAUUGAUGUUGUCUUUCUGUUAUUUGUUUCCUUACACUACAAGGAGGAUUCUAGAUCGUACUUUGGACAAUACCACAAGACGUGGGGUGGGGGGGAAAGAGGAAGGAAUUGGAUAUAUCUUUGAAGGAAACUCAGUCGUCGUCGUGUUUUUUUUGUCUUGUGUUCAAGUUCCUAGGUGACGUCUUCUGUGGAUCAAGAGAGGGUUUUUUCAUGUAACUUUUUUCAUUGUAGCAGUUUCUGUGCAUUGUGGUUUUAAGGGGCCUGACUAAUGAUGUGAUAGAAUUUAGGAAGUGCUACCACACGGAUCUUGUCUGGGGAAUCUAGCUAAAACCAACAACAGUUGUUUCAAAAACACGAAACAUUUAGGCAGUCGCAAUCUAGCAGUUAGGAUUUCAUUAGUAUUUUUUUAUUUUUUAUAGAGUGGGUCUUUUCUGCUCACUUUUGAAGUCUGUGAAUUUUUAACGUGGUGUUCAUUUUACAUAUAACAAACUUUACAAGAUAGGUCUGUUCUAGAUUUUUAAGAGAAGACACUUUUUAGGAGAAAUGUUUUUAAUUAAUUGUCUGAAAUUUUAAAGAAGUGUUGACUUUUUCAAAGCCAUACAAGACAGUUGGGGGUCUUGCCUGUUGAAGAUAGACUUCACUCCAAGUGAAAACAUUAUCACACAAACAGCAAUACACACACAUUUAAAAACAUAACACCAAUUUCAAAUGUUUUGUUUUUUAUUGCAGGCCACGUCUAAACAGAGGUUUACACCAAAAUAAACCAUGUUGUUAGAGGUUUACAUACUAUCCUACUGUAUAGACUACCAAUGCCAGGUUUAAAUUAUUGUGAAAUAAUAAACUCUGAAGUUUGGGAAAAUGAUGCUGUUUGUAAAUGUUCUGUUUGCGGGCUGCAAUAAAGGUUUGGGACAACA